GCGCUGGUGGUACAAGCCAAGGACGGUCUCAGCGAAGAGGACCAGAAGAAUACAGGCAAUGCCGUAAGCGUUGCUCGGAAGUGCAAGGUAGAGAAAUUGCUAGAGCUGACACCUUCGAAGGAAGUGGCCGGCUUGUUCCAGCUGAGCAAGCAUGCAGCUGGGAAGCCCUUGAAGGGUGAUGCACUUGGCAACCCAGUAGCAUCCGUGAAGCGUGAUAACCUUGCUUUGGUUCUGCAUACCUCCGGUACGACGAAAAAGCCGAAAAUCGUGCCGCUGACGCACGCGAACAUUGCCAGUGGUGCAAUGUGCAUAGCUUCGACAGUUGAGCUCAAGCAUGAGCAUAUUUGCCUGAACACAAUGCCGCUUUUCCACAUUCAUGGAUUGAUUGUUAACGUCUUGGCUUCGGCGAUCGCAGGAUCUCAGGUGGUGUGCCUGCCUGGUGUCUUCCAGGUACAAAACUUUCAUGCAGCCCUGAUCUCUCAACCAGAGCCGAAUUGGUAUUCUGCUGUUCCCACUAUGCAUCUGCAGAUUCUUCAGUUUGCAGAGGAAGUCGCGAAAGAGAAGGGUAAGCCACCGGAGAACAAGCUCCAGCUCAUCCGAAACUGUUCUGCCGCAUUGGUCCCGACUGUGGCCGCUGCGAUGGAGGAAGUGUUGAAGGUUCAUGUGAUGCCCACAUAUGCCAUGACAGAGUCCAUGCCCAUUGCCUCCAACCCCCGAUGUGGGAAGCGCAAACUUCGCUCGGUGGGGAUGAAGGCCGGACCCAACAUGGGCAUCAUGAAUGGGCACCCUGACGGCACGUUCCUCAACGUCGGUGAAGAGGGAGAGGUCGUUGUGAAAGGUGGUCCUGUCACAAGCGGAUAUGAGUUCAGGGAGCAUAUGGAUGCGAAUCCCAACAUUGAAGCCUUCAGUGAAGGCUGGCUAAGGACAGGCGACAAAGGUUGGCUUGAUGCUGACGGUUACCUCUAUUUGAGUGGACGCUUCAAGGAGAUCAUCAACAGAGCUGGGGAGAAGAUUUCGCCUUUCGAGGUGGAAGAUGCAAUGCGCGCCAACGAUGCGUUUAAAGACUGCAUCGCCUUCGCUGUUCCGCACAAGUCCUUGGGGGAAGUUGUAGGCAUCGCUGCGGUUUUGAAGGAUGGGAAGUCGUUGACCAUCAAAGAGCUUAGAAGCUGGUGCAACAAAUGUGAUAAGCUACAAGCGAAAUGGAUUCCUGAAAUGCUGGUCACGAUGCCGACCAUUCCUAAAGGUCCGACAGGGAAGCCUGCAAGGAUAAACUUGGCCAAGAAGUUGGACUUAGACCCCCUUGAAGGUGUGCCGAAGGACUUGGAUCAUCCAGGCAUUUCCGGAUAA